AUGUCUCAAGAAAAUUCGGUAAGCGUCACCGACAAUGGCAAUUCAAACAGGGUGACAUUUCUGAAGCGCAAGGCAACUUCAAUGUUUAAUAGAGUGGAGCGGUUAAUGGAAUCUCUUUCAAGUUCGGCUUUGAAUUCUUUUGACGAUUCUGGCCUUCAUGUGAGGUUGGAACUUAUCGAGGAACUUCAAACGGCAUUUAAAAGGGUUCUCAACGAGCUCGAAGAGUUGGAUUUUGAGGAAAUUGGAAGUGAAUUGGAGGAGAAAUUUGAUGAUGUCAUCGUAGUUCUGAAGUCGACGGUUCGAUCGGAGAUCACGAAGCGCUCCUCGCAAUUACAACAUUCAACUUUUGCUGAUGCUAGAUCCUGCGAGCCAGGCCAAAUGGGAAGAGCGGUUAGAGGAUCCAGCAUUCGUCAAUGUAAUUCCGACGUGGGAAUCCAUGGCAUCGUUUUUGGAGCAGCGAUGCAGGACAUUGGAGACUAUGGAUUUCGCCAUGGCAAGCUACGCGUCUGGCAAUCAGAUCAGCUUCAAAUAAAGAAGAUAAAGACUUCGGCUUCUGUGACUGGAAUAGGUGAUUCCAGCUUUGUUACCAAUGGUCACUCAGUCAAUAUUACGAUGCAGUCCCGAACCUCUGAAUACACGGUGAACAUAACCGCAGUUAUUGCUCCCAAUAUAACUGAGCGACAGCCUAGUUUCAAUGUGGACAUCGGCAGCUGGAAAAUACCGCAAAACAUACAAUUAGCUGAUCCUACAUUUUAUGUCCCUCAGCGUCUCCCACCUGGAUUACCGCUUAUACAAAAAACUCGCCUGGGAUGGGUUGUUUCCGGAGGAUAUGGCGUCUCCAAUGGCUCAUCGUUAAUCUCGACCAUUCCUUUACCUAUCGUUAGUAGGGAUAAUAGCUUAGAUCGACUUGAUGAUCUUCUUCGUCGAUUUUGGGAGGUGGAAAGCUGCGUGGAGCCAAUUGCGCAUUCUACUAAGGAAGAACAGGACUGUGAGGCGCACUUUAAAAAGCAUUUCAUUCGUUCCCCUGCUGGAGACUAUUCUGUUCGUUUGCCUGCCAAGCUCAACCUGGAAUUAUUGGGUGAGUCCUACCAGCAAGCUUAUCGUAGAUUCCUGUCCCUAGAGAGGAAGCUAGAUCGUCGGCCAGCCUUGAAGGCCCAAUAUGCGGCUUUUAUAAAGGAAUACUUUGACUUGGGGCACAUGUCAACAGUUGCUGGCGCAGACCUCGCUUCUUGUCGCUUCUUUUUGCCUCAUCAUUGCGUCACAAAGGAGGAUAGUUCCACUACAAAGCUUCGCGUCGUUUUUGACGGAUCUGCCGCUACUUCAUCAGGCUACUCUCUCAAUGAUUUGCUCAUGGCAGGCCCCGUAAUUCAACAUACCCUGUUCCAGAUUUUAAUUCGAUUUCGCUCAUACCCGGUAGCCAUCACUGGAGACAUUUGUAAGAUGUACCGUUGUGUCAAGGUACAUCCAGAGGACAGCUAUUUGCAAUGCAUUUUAUGGAGGACUUCCCCACAGGACAAGCUGCAAGUAUUCAAGCUGGACACCGUCACUUAUGGCACGAAGCCUGCAUCAUUUCUGGCUGUGCGGGCUAUGCAUCAGCUGUCAACAGACGAGCAUUCUUCGUUUCCGCUUGGGGCUGAGGUCAUUCAGCGCGACUUUUACGUAGAUGAUCUGAUAUCUGGAGCCCAGACCGUGGACGAGGCUAUCAUCAUUGUAGAUCAGACCUCUAAAAUUCUGUCCAGAGGAGGCUUUAAACUUAGAAAGUGGUGCUCAAACGUGCCAGCGGCUUUGUGUGGAGUGUCUGACGAAGAUAAGGAGUCAUAUUUGAAGUUUGAUGACGGCACUGACUUUACCAAAACUCUGGGUUUAGCCUGGGAUCCUGCCUCUGAUCAGCUAUUGUUCUCGUUUUCUGUCUUGCAGUUGACCUCAAGUCCCUGUAGGCGUUCUGUCUUGUCUGCCAUUGCACGAUUUUAUGAUCCUCUUGGAUUGGUUGGUCCGGUGAUAGCAAAAGCGAAAAUUUUCCUUCAGCAAUUGUGCAAGGAAAGGUUAUCCUGGGAUGAAAGCCUUCCUGAAGCUCAGAAUACGGAAUGGAAUUCGAUAUGCAGGAGUUUUGUGCAAAUCAAGCGUUUGUGUUUCCCUCGGCUAGUUCUGUCUCCUAACUCUGAGAUUCAGGUCCAUGGAUUUUGUGAUGCCAGCAUGGAAGCAUACGGCGCCUGUGUCUACAUCGUGUGCAGUGGACAGUCGCAGUUGCUUUGUUCAAAGUCAAGGGUCGCUCCCUUGAAGACACUCACCGUGCCCAAGCUGGAGCUUUGUGGAGCCGAUCUCUUGUCUAAGCUCAUCUCGGAAGUAGCUGGCACCAACGUAUUUAAGGGACAGUAUUAUUGUUGGAGUGACUCUGCGGUUGCGCUGUCCUGGAUCCGAGACGAGCCCUCCAGAUUCAACAUGUUUGUGGCAAACCGAGUUGCUGCCAUUCAAGAGCGAACCGAUUCGAUGGAGUGGCGUUACGUUCCAACUUCUUUGAAUCCGGCUGACAUUCUUUCCCGAGGUGUCCUUCCCACUGAGCUGAGCGAGUCCCCUAUAUGGUUUAACGGGCCGACAUUUCUUUGCAGACCCAAGAUUGACUGGCCUUCCCCAAUCCUUGCUGAGAAGUCAACACUUGAGCUUCGUCGAAAGGUCCUGCUAAUUAAAUCGCCAUACGUAGACAUCAUAGCCUGUUCCAAAUUUGCAAAUUCCUUCGCGUCGCUUCAAAGGAUUUUCGGAUACGUCUUCAAAUUUAUCAAUCGCAUUCGGCAGCCGGAUCUUAAGGUUUCGGAUAUCCAAAGCGGUACUCAGUUGUUGCUUCGUCUGGUUCAGCGUUCUCAUUUAUGGGAGGACAUUAAAUCCUUGCAGUCUAAAGGAGUAGUAGCCCAAUCUAGUUCGCUUGCAUCUCUAUCUCCUUUUAUUGAUCAGUUUGGGCUUCUUAGAGUGGAUGGCCGACUAAGGAACUCGUCGCUGGAUUUUAAUGCCCGUCAUCCAAUCAUAUUGCCACGGAGCCAUCCUGUCACUGCCGCCAUCGUUACUCAUUUUCAUGAGCGCAAUCUGCACACUGGACCUCGAGCCUUACUCUGCAUAGUUCGAUCCCAGUAUUGGCCUAUUGGGGGAGGAAGACAGUGA